CAAUUGAAUUAGUAUUGAUUAACGUUACAUCUAACGGGUAUUACGAAGUCAACCGAUCUAAAAAACUAAAACUCGGAUCCCCUUUAUGUUGUUUAUUUUGAUUUGGAGUGGUUCCAUCGGGAGUUUGGAUGGCCACCUUGAAUGUUCCCCCUCUUCCUCCUUCACCGAGAGACGAUGCCAUACAACUUUACGCUGCUUUCAAAGGAUUUGGAUGCGAUACUAGCGUUGUGAUCAAUAUACUUGCUCAUCGAGAUGCUACCCAGCGUGCCUACAUCCAACAAGAAUACAAAGCAAUGUAUUCUGGGGAUCUUCUCAAACGCUUAUCUUCAGAGCUUUCUGGCAAGUUGGAGACUGCACUACUGCUUUGGAUGCACGACCCUGCCGGACGUGAUGCAAUCAUCCUUAGGCAGUCUCUAACCCUGCCCAAAAAUCUUGAAGCUGCCACUCAACUUAUAUGUUCUCGAACUCCAUCCCAGCUUCAUUAUUUAAGACAGAUUUAUCAUUCUAAAUUUGGUGUUUAUCUUGAGCAUGACAUUGAAACAAACACCUCCGGGGAUCAUAAAAAGAUUUUGCUUGCAUAUGUAACCACACCACGUCAUGAAGGCCCUGAGGUAAAUAGAGAGAUGGCUGAGAAGGAUGCAAAGGUUCUCUACAAAGCAGGGGAGAAGAGACUGGGAACCGAUGAGAAGACUUUUGUGCAAAUAUUCAGUGAACGGAGUGCGGCUCAUUUGGCUGCUAUAACUUCUUAUUACCAUAGCAUGUAUGGACACUCGUUGAAAAAGGCAGUAAAGAAGGAAACAUCAGGAAAUUUUGCUCUUGCACUUCUGACAAUAGUUCAAUGUGCUGAGAAUCCUGCAAAGUAUUUUGCCAAGGUCUUACGCAAGGCAAUGAAAGGUUUGGGGACUGAUGACACAAAACUUAUAAGGGUGAUAGUAACAAGGGCUGAGAUUGAUUUACAGUAUAUCAAAGCUGAAUAUUUAAAGAAAUACAAAAAGACGCUUAACGAUGCAGUUCACUCAGAAACAUCCGGCCACUACAGGGCUUUUCUUCUCUCACUCUUAGGUCCCAACCAGUAGUAAAAAAUGUUCAACGAUGUUUUGUGUGGAAUGAAUUCAGCGUAUGAUGUUUGAAUAUAUGAGCAGUACCAAUAUUUUCUGUAUUGAUAUUGUAAAUUAGGUAGUGCGUGGUGCUUUUUAUGUAAUAUGUACACACAAUUUGGUUUCAGCAUGCAUUUGCUUGUCAUCAGAGUUGAGAAUGUGUAUGAUUUUUGCAAGUUUCAUAAAAACUUGGAAUGACGAUGAAUAUAAUAUCAAUGAAACUCCUUUUAUAAUA